AUGGAUUCACCAAAGGGAAGAAACAGGAAAGGAGCAAUCUCCAAGAUGUGGGAGAGGUGCAAAUCCUUUAAAAAAGGCGGUGGUAUAAAAUCAUUGCCUCUCAAUGUUGAGGUGGCUCCGGUGGGGUGUUUCCCGAUCUACGUGGGCCCGGGAAAAGAAAGGUUCGUGAUCAAAACCGAGCAUGUUAAUCACCGGCUAUUCAAGAUUCUACUAGAUGAAGCUGAAUCUGAGUACGGAUAUUGUCACAAGGGCGUCUUGAUGCUGCCAUGCGAAGUCGAUCACUUCGUCGAUGUGUUGAUGGAGAUGGAUUGUUACUUUGAUCAACAAAUCGGCUGCAAUUUUGCUGCUAGGAAUAAUUCCUCUUACCAUUUUCUUACCCCACAAAGAGUUAUCGCCGUUUAA